AUAUUAAAACCGCUAAAAAUGUUAAGUUUAAAAAUAUUAAAGUCCUCAAAGUGGGCAAGUGUCCAACUAAGCCGUCAGUAUACAGCAAAAGCAAAGCGUGUCGUCCUGUCACAAGACCAGAGCAAAAUAAAAAAUUAUGAACCAAAGACAACUGAUUCGCAUACAAAUCGGGUCUACGUGUGGGGCUUCCAGGAGACUGGCGCUCUGGGGCUGCAAACCAAUGUGAAGAAGGCCAAAGAGCGAUACACGGAAAUGGUGCAUCACCCAACGCGGCUGCAAUUUUCCAAUAAUAAUGAAAUCACGGAUGUCACAGCCGGCUAUGGCUUUACGGCGUUCGCAGUGAAACGUUCGGAUGGGCUGAGUUUGUUUGGCAGCGGCCUCAACACAGACUCACAGCUGGGCUACCAAGUGAAGGGCAAUAAGAAGGAUCCGGCUAAUUUGGAUGUGAUUAUCUAUCCAACAGCAAUUCAGCUGCCACGCCUGCAGGACGAAACGGAUGAGGAUAUGCAGGUGAAGAGCAUGUCGGCAGGUCGAGCCCAUCUCGUGGUGCUCACUCAGAAUGGCACCGUCUUUACCAUGGGCAACAAUUCGUAUGGCCAGUGCGGCCGUUCCAUUAUCGAAGAAGAGAAAUACUCUGGCAGUGCGCUCAUCCAUCGCAUAGCCCAGCGCGAUAUUUGCGGAGCGGACGAUGAGCUUGUCGCCGUGGAGUGUGGACAGGAUCAUACGAUGCUGCUGAGCAAACUGGGACGUGUCUACACCUGCGGCUGGGGUGCCGACGGCCAGACGGGACAGGGCAACUACUACAGUGCUGGCCAGAUAACGCUCAUAGGCGGUGACAUCGAGAAGGAGCGCAUUGUGCGCAUCGCCUGCGCAUCCGAUUGUGUGCUGGCGCUCAACGAUAAGGGCGAUGUCUUUGGCUGGGGCAAUUCGGAGUAUGGCCAGCUAGAUGAUGCGGCCGAUGCAGUGACUCAGAUCUGCACACCUCGAGCGCUCACGCUGACCAAGGGCCUGGGCAAGGUCAAGGAUGUGGCAGCGGGCGGUUCCUUUUGCAUGGCACUCAAUGAUCAGGGCCUCGUCUACACCUGGGGCUAUGGCAUCUUGGGCUUUGGCCCGUUUGUGGAUCAAACUUCAAAGCCUCAGCAUCUGCUGCCACCGCUAUUCGGUCGAAAUGAUUUUAGCAAUGCAACAACUGUGGUCUCCAUCGGCUGCGGAGUCUUUCACAUGGGCGCCGUGAACUCUGACGGAGAUCUGUUUAUGUGGGGAAAGAAUCGCUUCGGCCACCUGGGUCUGGGUCACAAGAAGGAUCAAUUCUUCCCCUUCAAGGCGGCCAUCAAUGGCAAGGUUCUAAAGGUGGCCUACGGCGUGGAUCAUACUAUAGCGCUAUGCAGACCACAUAUUUAAAAUAAAC